AUGGCGUCGCAGGCAUACACUUCGUCGAGCUGGACCGCAUCACCAUCCAACAACCCAUCCAAUACCAACUCAAUGAAGGCUGUCCCGGAUGGGUUGUCACCUGAGCAUAUUGCGAGACACCUCGCAAUCAAGCGUGUUAUGCCUAUGAACCGGGUAAACAACCAGCUUGCAAAGAAGCAGAAAGUGGCAGCUUCGCCCUCCAAUGUCGCUGAGUACGACGAAGAUGAUGAAGUCGCCGCGGCAGCGGCACAAGCAGCUCUCGCGGGCAUAAGUGAGACGAAGCCAAAGCUCGCGCGCAAGACGAAGGGAGAUGAAUCGGAGGAGAAGCGUUUGAAGCGAUUUAGGGCCAAGCCUCCUCUUACAUACCUAGCACGACUUGAUCGUGUCAAGACGCAACGCAUGUUCCUGAUUGAUAGAAACCGGAGUACUAGUGAAGAUGGCACGCACGAGCAGGAAGCGUUCGACAUUGCGGGUAGCACAGGAAAUGUCUAUCAAGUCACUAUCUCCAAGGUUCCAACCUGCUCCUGCCCUGAUGCGGCGAAGGGAAAUCAGUGCAAGCAUAUCAUUUAUGUCCUCGUCAAUGUUCUCAAAGCUCGUGAGGAUCUAGCAUACCAGCUUGCGUUUCUAGCCGCCGAACUGGUCGAGAUCUUCACAAAUGCACCAUUCACCCCACAAUCGGAUGAGGGAACGGCAAGCACUACCGAUCCAGGAAGUAAUCGCAAGCCUAUCGAAGGCGAUUGCCCCAUCUGCGUCAUGGAGUUUGACGAGUCAGACAAGGUCGAGGACAUCGUCUGGUGCAAGGCCGCUUGCGGAAACAAUGUCCACCGUCUUUGUUUUGAGCAAUGGGCUAAGAGUAAACCGGGCGAGGUCAAGUGUGUUUAUUGCCGUACGCCUUGGGAGGGUGAUGAGGACAGUAUCAAGAGGAUUAGCAAGGGUGGGCGAAUUAAUGAUGAGGGCUAUGUUAAUGUUGCUGGGGAGCUCGGACUUAGUGGUCACCGAGACAUGAGUACAUACCACCCUUAUUGGGUUCAAAGAGUCCAUGGCGGCGGUAGGUAUGGCCGUAAUAAUGGUUGGUAA